CUCUUCAACCGUCCACUUAUUCUUUGUGGAAUUUUCUCUCAAAGACCGGAGACAGCGUGUGAUUCAUAAACAACAAACAUUGGGGCUGUUAUGUUCAGCAGGAGUGGCUUCUGCUUCUGACUUUUAUUUUUCUUGAGCUGUUUGUGCUUUGCUAGCUUUUCUCCCAGAAUUUCUGCUUUAAGCUAACCGAGACGGCCCCAUUAAGUCAAGCACCGAGAAUGGAAGCAUGGAGCAAUCUAGAGGGCAAAGUGGUGAUGGUAACGGGCGCAUCAUCUGGAUUCGGGCGAGAACUCUGUGUCGACUUGGCAAAGGCUGGUUGUAAAGUCAUUGCAGCAGCUCGGAGAACCAACAGGCUUCAGUCUCUUUGUGAAGAAAUCAAUCGUUUUCCGGAUGCUAUUGAGCUUACUGAAGCUCAUAUGUCUGGGAGGAUAAGCUGCCGCGCGGAAGCUGUGGAGCUUGAUGUGGCAGGGGAGGAAGAGAGUAUUAAGAUGGCUGUGGAAAGAGCAUGGAAAUGUUUUGGUCGCAUUGAUGCUUUGGUCAAUAAUGCUGGUAUAAGAGGUGGAGUGAAGUCUUCACUAGAGUUAAGUGAAGAAGAAUGGAACACUGUGGUCAGGACAAACUUGACAGGAUCAUGGUUGGUGUCCAAGUACGUUGGAUUACGCAUGGUCGAAGCAGAUCAAGAGGGAUGCAUUAUCAACAUUUCUUCUUCCGUUGGUUUGAAUAGAACCAUCUCACCUAGGGCUCUUGCCUAUACCUCCUCCAAGACAGGACUCAAUGCCUUGACUAAGAUAAUGGCACUGGAACUGGGGAAGCAUAACAUAAGAGUAAAUUCGAUAUCCCCUGAUAUUUUCCUGUCUCAAAUAACGGAGAGUCUGAUGAAACAGAAGUGGCUCAAGAAUGUAGCAAAAAGAGCAAUUCCACUACAAGCUUUUCUUACACCUGAUCCAGCACUGACAUCGCUGGUCCGCUACCUAAUUCAUGACUCUUCAAAGUAUGUUACUGGCAACACCUUCAUAGUAGACGCUGGAAUUACUCUGCCUGGUCUUUCAAUAUUCUCUUCUCUGUAAACUUAAUCAUCAUAAAGUAUAGUCUCUGUUCAGUUCAGGGGGGCCGAGUUCAAGGCUUCGUGAUGCAGAUCAUCAGCUUUACCAAUGGCCCCAAAAGUGAUAUACGAAUAGUGAUCUUAUUCAAGGCAAUAAAUGUAUAUUGAAGUGAAUUCAGUACUUAA